UUUCAAAUCCAAACAGACCACCACCAAAUCGAAGUGAGAGAUGGAGAGCGAUGGCUAAUUUGGCCUAAGCCGCUGCGUAGAUAGAGAGAGAAAGCUGCGUAUCGAGAGCUCCAGGAGGCAACAACGAUGUCGGAGAAGGAGGGGCUUCCGAAUCUCAACCUGCUGAAUGCAGCUCCAAUUGGAUGUAAUAAUAAAGUUGAGGUAGGAGCUGGGCCGUGCCCUCAGAUUUUGGCCAGGCGAAAGCUGGCUGACAUUAGCAACGUGCCACAGAAUUGGAAGUCACAGCCAAUACCCACGACUAUUACUAAAGAGUAUGUUGAACAGCUCCGGAAGGAAAACGUUGCUUUGGCGAUGAUGUUGGCGCAGAGAAACAAAAUAAUUGAACAGAGUGGAAUUGAGCUAGAAAAACUGAGGUCGAAUUUUAUUAAAAUGAGGGAUCAGAAUCAACAACUAGCUCUGUCACACACCCUCUUGCUUGCGGAACUAAAUUCAAGUAAAGAUAGGUUGAAACAAUUGCAACAUGAGCUUGGAUGCAAAAAUGGUUCGCUUCAAGCAAGGAAUUCCAAACUUGAGGAGAAUGUGAUUAAGGAAGACGAGCCCUCAAAAGAAGGCGAAGAUCAUAAAAAGCCUCGUAAGGCCAAAAAGAGAACGCGUUCACUCUGUUUGGGCUCAUCUGAAGAAUCGCAGUCCAAGGAUGAUGCUGGAAAUAGACUCCCAGUGAGGAGGCACUCCUCUAGGUUUGAGGUUUUCCAACCAGAUGACGAUAGUGUGUCUGAGAUGUAUGAUCCCAAAAUUCCCAAAUGUUCGCUUUCUGAUGCAUCGGUUAGCAAUGAAGAGCAUGUUGCUAAUAGACCCUCAGUGAGGAGGCAAUCUGCUGGGUUUAAGUCUGCCCCACCAUCUCCAAUUCCUGAUGAAACCGUCCAGGAGAAUGACUCAUCUAUUGCUGACAUGUCGGUUAUAAAUGAAGGUCAUGCUGUACAAAGACCCUCUGUGAGGAGGCAAUCCACUCGGUUAAAGGCCGUCACACCGUGUCCAGUUCCUGAUGAAACAGUCCACGAGAUUUCGGUUGAGACAGUCCAUGAGACUUCUGUUGAGACUUCGGUUAUAACUGAAGGCCAUGAUGCUAUAAAGAGACCCUCUGUGAGGAGGCAAUCCACUAGGUUAAAGGCCGUCACACCGUGUCCAAUUCCUGAUGAAACAGUCCACGAGACUUCGGUUGAAACAGUCCACGAGACUUCGGUUGAAACAAUCCAUGAGACUUCUGUUGAAACUUCAGUUAUAACUGAAGGCCAUGCUAUACAAAGGCCCUCUGUAAGGAAGCAAUCCAUUAGGUCUAAGACCAAAAUACCAAAACAGGCAGAUUAUCUGUCUGAGAUGGACUGUACCAUAUCUACCAACUGCACGUCUCUUGAUGAACCCGUCCCACCUGUCACAGAGAGUGGCUCCACUUCUGCAGACACACCCGUUGAGAAUGAAAACGACGGAAGCCGUUCUUCUGGUUGGGGCUGCGAUUCACAAGGGUCUAGAAAACCAUCUUUAGGCAGGCCAUCACGCGUGGCUGCAAGUAAGGUUCAAACCUACAGGGAGAGAUCUUUGAAAGAGAAAAUGCGUAGACCGGUGUGAGUGAACUAUGUUUGUAGGUAAGACUUUUGUUGUUAUCGUCGUUCAUAUAUUGUUCACUCUUUGAACAUGAGAUUCUUCUAACUCUUACUGUAAAAUUAGGCAAGAGAUGCUUCUUUUCGUAUUAUUAUGAUAUGGGAAAAUUAGAUUGAUUAUGUUACA